UGCAAUAGCUUGUUCUAGGUGUCCCUCCCACACAGCAGAGCCACAAAUAAUGCCUUUGUUUUGUGGGAGCCUUAUUUACCUCCAGAAGGAGGAUUCUUAUAUAACUGUCUCCUUUAUCUGUGAAAAAGAAUCUAAGUUCAUUUGCUUAGCUAACAACCUGACACAAACCAUGUGUAAUUAAUUGGCAUUCCCUUGGAUACAAAAUCAAAGUCUUUGUCAUAUGAAUAAGUGGAAUCCUGUGUUUCUCUACUAUGUUAAGUAAACACAAAGAGGAAAAACCUAAACGAGAUAGCCCCAUAUACUGAAGACAUUUCCUCUGGCUACUGCACCUAAAUAUCUCACAGCUAAGAGAUAAAUUGGAAUAAACAGCUGUCACCUUUAAAUAAAUACUCUGGACAAUGUAUGAUCUGCUUUUCUCUACUUUAUUUAGCUGCUCUCCAGUGCAAACUCCCAAGUCUUUGCUCUGCCUCAGUUAGCAGAGCAUUUAUUUUAGAAUCAACUGUAUUUGUUAAGGCUGUAACAACGAAAGGCAUUUCCUGAGAAACUGCAAGGAUGAGCAGCAUGAAGGAAAAACAGCUGCGGAAGUAUGGGACUGUAGUAAUGCUCUUCAUUUUCCAAGUUCAGAUUUUUGGGCUCGAUGUUGACAGCCGACCUACAACAGAAGUCUGCUCGACACACACAAUUUUACCUGGAGCAAAAGGGGAUGAAGGAGAGAAAGGAGAUCGAGGAGAAAUGGGAAAACAUGGAAAAGUAGGACCAAAAGGACCAAAGGGAAACAAAGGAGUAGUGGGAGAUGUUGGUGAUCAAGGAACAAUUGGGAAAAUCGGUCCGAUUGGUGGAAAGGGUGAGAAAGGAAUCAAAGGUUUAACUGGGACAUCUGGAAAAAAGGGGAAAGCAGGCACGGUCUGUGACUGUGGGAGGUACCGCAAAGUUGUUGGGCAACUGGAUAUUAACGUUGCUCGACUGAAGACAUCCAUGAAAUUUGUAAAAAAUGUAAUUGCAGGAAUCAGGGAAACAGAUGAGAAAUUCUAUUACAUUGUAAAGGAAGAGAAGAGCUACAGGGAAGCACUGACCCACUGCAGGAUCAGAGGGGGAAUGCUGGCCAUGCCAAGAGAUGAGGCAACCAAUGCACUCAUAGCAGACUACAUCUCCAAGAACGGCCUCUUCCGAGUGUUCAUAGGGCUGAAUGAUAUGGAGAAGGAAGGACACUUUGUGUAUGCGGACAACGCCCCGCUGCAAAACUACAGCAACUGGAAGGAAGGGGAGCCAAGGGACACAUCUGGGCACGAGGACUGUGUGGAGAUGCUCAGCACUGGGGAAUGGAAUGACUCUGAGUGUCACCUCACUAUCUAUUUCAUCUGUGAAUUCCUCAAGAAGAGGAAGUAAAACAGAGCGUUUGCCAGGCAACCACUGUAUGUAAAAUAACCCUUCCUUAUUUACCCACUAUAGAUGGAUCUCUGUGCAGGGCAAAGAGUGUAAAGCAGGAGUAACUACAGUGAAAUCAGGGGUUACACUGGGGCAUGUGGAAUCAGAACUGGGCCUGCAGCAGGCAUCUGGUCUUGCCACACAGCAAGACAUUUUUCCAUGGAUGGAGCUGCAGCAUGCCAAUCAUGGACAAUAAUUGGUAUAAUGAGUUACCAAAACAUUUCAGACUCCACUGGAGGUAGGGGCGUGGAUUGUAUUUGUGAGGGGGGCACAGCAACAAUACUUCAGGGGCUGCAUCUCAUAGUUUCAUAGUAGUUUCAUAGCGGCUAGGGUCAGGAGGGACCUGAACAGAUCAUCUAGCCUGACCCGCACAAUCUAUGCCACAAUUGUUCAAUACUUUCUGCAGCUUUAGAAGACACAGAAUAACCUGACAUCUCUUUUCUUAAAAGCUGCCAAAAACCCCUCCUGUGCUACUCCCCAGUGACUAGAAGUUAUUCUGUGGUUACAUAAAGCUCCAUCUACCCCCUGGUCCUCUGUGCCAAGUUGAGAACUCCUGAAUGCAAUGGUGUGCAGCCUCUCUUCAAGCUCUGCCGUGGUGGAAUUUGGCAAGGGAAAAAACACAUCUAAUGGGAAGAAGUGUGAACAGAAACAUACAGAGGAAAGGAUGCUGUAAACAGGCACAUUGCAACAUUAUUUAUACCCAUAUAUACAUUGUUGAAUUAGCUACUGAUUCUAGGAGCAAAAGAUUCACCCAUCUACCUGCUUCACCAAUAGUCAAUGACAUUAAAUUCUCUACUGACAAGAUGAUCUCACAUGCCUUUUUGCAGAAACAUAAUUAAAAGUCUGGUAGCAGCUGCUACACUGUGAGGGCUUAGGGGAGGAAGUUACUGGGCAUUUCCUCAUUUGAUUUCACUGACUGUCAGGAUGACUUACAUGAGCAAGGGCAGCAAGGAAAAUAUAUGCUUUCCUGUCAAGCCCUGGCUAUCUACUAUUCCAGUAUUCCACUUUAGCAUGUGCUUAAAAGGCCAGAUUUUGAUAUCCUUGAUAGUGCCUUACUUCCUCCAUCCUGCUGAGUCUAUCCGAUGCAGGGAAGCCAUCUGGAUAUCAGGUAGAUUUUCACUCAAGGUCCAACAUCAAGUGAAGGAUGGAGCAUGAGCUACCAGAGGCCUGGUGACCCAGGCACUCCUCAGAAUCCGUCUCUCCCCUGACUCUACCUUGUUCCAGGAAUAAUAACUCCUGGUGUUGUCCAGCAGAAAAUUAGCUACUACCUGCUCUCUCACACUAGCUUAGGUCAGUAGGGCUAACCAUACCUUGCCAUGCAUCCACAGAUGCAUCUCAAGCAGGGCCAAGGAGGUGAUCCUCCCCCUCUAUGUGACAUUG